CAGAGCAAGCAUCUCUUAACCAAGAUCAAGAAUCUGACACUGGGUGCUUCACUUCUGAAAGGAUACCGGAGGUAUCGAAUCCCGUGACUAAAGUUUCAGCCGGGGCGCCCCUGCCAAAAAAUAGUCAUAGGAAAAAAGGUGCAGAAAAUAUUUCUCAAAUGAUAUCUGAUGGUAUUCAAAACGAUUCACAGUCUCAAAAAUGUAUUCUUGGUUCUUCUAACGAUAUAUUAUUACAACAAAGCCAAAUUUCUUCUACA